AGUUGGCACUUAUGCGUCCUGGCAUGUGAUCCCACUUUAGUUAAAUCAAUCGCCUCACUGCUGCAGCCUCCCAUUAAACUUUCCAUGCUGUUGCCCGUCCAGUGGACAGCACUUAGAGGGUUUGUCUGGACCGUAUCCGCUCCUGCUCGCUCUUCCGCUGCUCUCCGUCUCUCCACCGCGGACUCUCCCGGUUCAGAGCGACUCACGCGGCUCGGGGAGCUGGCCCGGGUCUCCUGCACACAUGGAGGGAGACGUAAUGGACAAGGUGGAGGCCACGGCGACGGUGUGUGACUUCGAUCCCAUCAGUGGCAGCAUCCCGGCCACCAAGGUGGAGAUCACCGUGUCCUGCAGAAAUCUCUUGGACCGAGACACUUUCUCCAAAUCCGACCCAUUGCUGGUGUUGUACACGCAGGGCGCUGAGUGCAAACAGUGGAGAGAGUUCGGGAGAACAGAAGUGAUCGACAACACACUGAACCCGGACUUUAUCAGGAAGUACAUCCUGGACUACUUCUUUGAGGAGAAGCAAAACCUGCGAUUUGACGUGUAUGACAUUGAUUCUAAAAGUCCAGAUCUGGCAAAGCAUCCCACCGACUUUAACGACUUUCUGGGACAGGUCCACUGUACAUUGGGAGAGAUCGUGGGCUCACCUGCCAGCCGCCUGGAGAAACCUCUCGGUGGCAUACCUGGGAAGAAAUGUGGGACCAUUAUCUUGUCUGCGGAGGAGCUGGGAAACUGCAGAGAUUACGCCACCAUGCAAUUCUGUGCCAACAAACUAGAUAAGAAGGACUUCUUUGGAAAGUCAGACCCCUUCAUGGUCUUCUACAGAAGUAAUGAGGAUGGAACGUUCACCAUCUGCCACAAGACUGAAGUGAUGAAAAACACGCUGCACCCUGUAUGGCAGCCCUUCUCCAUCCCUGUCAGAGCGCUCUGCAACGGAGACUAUGAGAGGGCAAUCAAGGCAGAGGUGUAUGACUGGGACAGAGAUGGGAGUCAUGAUUUCAUUGGUGAAUUCACCACAAGCUACAAAGCGCUCUGUCGAGGUCAAAACCAGUUGAACGUCCACGAGGUGGUGAAUGCAAAGAAGAAAAUAAAGAAAAAGAGAUACAUCAACUCUGGGACGGUGUCCUUGUUGUCAUUCAACGUGGAGUCAGAGCACACCUUCCUGGAUUACAUCAAAGGAGGGACUCAGAUUCACUUCACAGUGGCCAUUGAUUUCACUGCAUCAAACGGAAAUCCGUCCCAGUCUACUUCACUGCAUUACAUGAACCCUUACCAGAUGAAUGCCUAUGCUAUGGCUCUCAAAGCCGUGGGAGAGAUCAUCCAGGACUAUGACAGUGAUAAGAUGUUCCCGGCUCUGGGAUUUGGUGCUAAGCUGCCCCCUGAUGGAAGGGUCUCCCAUGAGUUCCCGCUGAAUGGCAACAUUGAGAACCCGUACUGUAACGGCAUGCAGGGGAUUCUUGACGCUUACCAUCAAAGCCUUAAGACGGUUCAGCUCUACGGACCCACCAACUUUGCUCCAGUUGUGAAUCAUGUGGCAAGCUAUGCAGCAGCAGUGCAGGAUGGGUCCCAGUACUUUGUUCUGCUCAUCAUCACUGACGGCGUCAUAUCAGACAUGGCCCAGACUAAGGAGGCCAUAGUGAAUGCAGCUAAACUCCCCAUGUCUAUCAUCAUUGUUGGGGUUGGCCAAGCUGAGUUCGAUGCCAUGGUUGAGCUGGAUGGUGAUGACAUCAGGAUUUCUUCUCGGGGGAAGUUGGCAGAGAGAGACAUUGUACAGUUUGUCCCGUUUAGAGACUACAUGGACCGCACAGGGAACCACGUGCUGAGCAUGGCGCGGCUGGUCAAAGACGUACUUGCGGAGAUCCCUGACCAAUUGAUCUCCUACAUGAAGAGCAGAGCCGUUAAACCGAACCCCGUCCCCCCCCCUUACUCGCCCGUGGACCAACCACAGACCAACCCCGUCUGAGCCCCACACACAGCUCCACGUUGUGGUGGGGCAGGGUAGAGGUGGUCAAGAACUCAAAACCGUCCUUUGGGAAGAUGGAAACUCUUUUAAGGCCAUUACGUAAAUAUUAAUUUGGCUAUACAAAAAAGAUGGUAAGACUCCAAUUUGUUUUGGAGGAAUAUGACUGCUUUGGGUGAGGCUGCAGGUGACCAUGGAGUUUUCUCUCUCUGCGUGCUUGAGGAUGAGAGCGCUGAGAGGAGCUCGUGCUGGAGGAGGUUUUAGUUGUUCGCUGUCAAACCUGUCAAAGUGGUGAUGUAAUGGAUAGCAAGUAAACCCGUAGAGAGAGCCUGUUUGAAGGCAUACAUAUUAGAAUGUGCCAGUGUGUAUCAUGUGUGUGAUACCUUUUGGAAUAGGUGUGUGUUGAUCUAAGAUAUCAUAUGUAUGCUAAUUUAUUUUAUUUAUUGCAGAAAUUAUUUAUUCCUUUGUGGGGGUUUUAGAUAGUGGGGGAUUAAAGUCAUAUUUUCCCUGUAGUUUUCCAUCUUAUAUUUUGUGAGCAGUUUAAUACAAAUAAUCUCCAUUUCUACUUUGAUAAGGACUGUACUAUAAAAGCAUGGGAUAGAUAGAUCACUGAUAGAUAGUUUUGAUUGCAAGCAGUUAUGUAGAGAGCCUGCUGUAAGCUGUUUCCAUAAUGAUUUUUCAGCACCAUGUCUUAUACAUAUUUCUAAAAUGUAUAAUAACAGAAUGCACUAAUUCAGAUAUAAAGCACAAAGGUUAUUAUGGGAAAUAAGCUCAACAUUUUUUUUUUUUUAAAGGAACCAACACCUAUCACAAUGAAAGUAAUGGAAGGGACCACACACGUUUUAACACAUAUUUUAAACUGGAUGAAACAGGAAGAAUGUUUAUAAGAAAAUACUAUUCAGAUGUAUUAGAAUUAACAUAUUUAAUCAUAAAAACAGUAUGUUUACAGAAAAUAGAUGAAUAACUCUAUGCACAUACUUGCUCUCCCUGUUUGUUUGCAGAAGAAAUUAUAAUCCAUGACAUAGCACAUUUGUCAUCCCGCUGUUUGUGUUUCCCAUUAUAUUUGUUGUUACGUUUUACUCUCUGGGAUUUUGCUCUGAAGUAAACAAACACACAUUCAAAAGACCAAUGUCUACUAAUACAGUUUCCCCUCCUCCUUAAAUUGGUUUGUUUCCCUGUAAAGAAAAAAAUCAAACAAUCACAAAUCUUGCAUGAGAUAUUUGGGCGUUCAAGUCAGCUGUUGAUAUAUUCAUAUUUGUUCUCUGAAUUGUUUUCAAAGACAAUGACAGCCAUUGUGGCUCAGUUGUGUACAUCAUAUCUAUUAAUAAUGGCCAUUGUUUCCAUUCGUAUCUCUUUGUCACUCAAUAUCUCAAUCCAAAUGUGCCUAUUAUAUGGAAACAUAUCCAAAUUAAGUUACCCAGGUGUCAUUCUGCCGGCAGCAGCAGGUCUCAUAUUUAAGAUGUACACACGAUUUUAUGUUCACGAUAAAAACUGUUGCAAGAUUAGGAUUCUUACAAACUAUUACAUGCUGUCUCAACUACUGUCCUGUACUUUUUAUACUAACAGCUCUUCACUUUGGGUCUAAAACAAUGAGAGUUAAAAGUGUUGCUAAGCCUUGUUGUCCAAUAUUUCAAAGUCAAGACUUGUUUACAACUCAACUGUGGCUGUUCACAUUGCCUCAUGGAAAAAGGAAACAUUCAUGUGUUUUAUUUUGAAGUGAGUUUAUAGUUGAGUUGUGCAUUAUUCAGUCUUGUUUGUACUCGUAAUGAGUCUAAUUGAAUAAUACUGGAGAACUAACGUUUACAAAAAGUUGUUGAGAUGUUCACACAGACUUCUCACUGUUGUUGUUACAAUACUUUGUUUUGUGUUGAGAGCAAAUGUGUUUGCGCACCAUUGUUAACUGCAUACUGUUCUCCGAUUCCCGUUACUUUAGUGCUCUCAGCGAUAAAAUGAAAUCCUUUGUUACAGCAGAAACUCCAGAGGAAGUGAACUCCUUCGCUCACAGGCUCAGAUCCAUAUUUGACUUUUUUUUCGUUCUUAAUUUUGGAUGACAUUUUUCCUUCAGAAACAAAGCAGUGUUUGAUCUGUUGCCAAAUUCAGUUGUUUCAGUGAAAUGAGGCCAUUGCGUUUAAGCACAUAAAUCACAUUAAUACCAGAAUACCUCUACAGAAAGCCAUUCAGCCAAAAGAUAAUCAUAAACAUACAUUUAUUACAUUUCUUAUGACAUAUAUAUUCAAUUAAAUACUAUCAUUUAAUGACUUGUAUAGCUGUUAUAUUUUGACUUUCCAAGUACUGUAAACACUUCAAAUGUCACUUCAUAGGAUGAUCAUAACUCACAGUAUGAAAGUCAGCAUCAGCAUGCAGCGUACUGUAUAUACUGUGAGUGUGAUAGCAAACCCUUGUGAGAGUCAAUAAGAUAAUGUGGAGUUGGCCCUGUAUGAUGUGUGCACUUUCAGUCAUAUUUCCUCUAUUAAUACUACAUGACUUUUGAGCCCUUCUACUAAGAUUAUAAAAAAACUAUACUCCCCCCGCCAUCUCUGAGUUUUCCUCCACAGGGAAAUUAAAAAACGACUACCCCUCAGUACUAAACAAAUAAUCAAUGAAAAUGAAAGGAGCACAGUAAUGACACACUUAUGCAAUUGUGAAACAGAGUUAUAAUGAAAUAUAUUUUUCAGUCUAAAUGAUGUCUUUCCAACAAUUCAAUUUACAUAUUUUCUCUCUGUGGAAAUGGCUUUGAUUAUCUUUUAAUUUAAUAUUUUCUUUGAGGCUAAACUAUUUAAUUAUGUACAUAAGCCCCGAAUGAAGAAUAUGAAAUGCCAAAAUGUGUUCAGUUGUUGAACUUAGCCUCUUUAGACAAUAUGUGCAUGUUUGUGCCACAAUGGCAGGAGGUUUGGUAGUCUACCUUUAUUUCACCUGAUUAGUGCAUCCGCCAUGUGCUUAGUUUGUUACUUGGGAUGGUAUUUAGAGAUAACAGUCACCUCCAGCAUGUUGCAUCUCUGGUUUCUUUCCAUUCUGUUCCUAUACCACACUUUCUGUAUGGGAUGUUCUUGCCACUACUCCUGUUUUAUCCCAGGUUGUUUACAUACCUCUCUUGGUCUCUGACUUGCAUGCUGAAUAAUUUCCAAACCAGGUGUUGGACAUGAUAUUGUCGUCAUACUGUGGUUUGUGAAAUGCUUUGUAAUGGAUUGCCUUAACUGAAGAUUAAUAAAAUAUUGAUAACUUUGGCA